UGGUCUGCCCGCAAAAGAAGAACAUGUGAUCAUUACUUCCUUUAAUAAAUUAAUUAAUUGUAGAUAGAUAGAAAGAAAGAAAACUAGAAGUAUGAUUGCGAUGGGGCAGUGUGCCAGCCAGCAGAGCCCCAAAUUAGAAGCUAUAUGCUGCCUCCUCCUCCUCCUCCUGCUCCAGCACAUCAUUUUUUAACUCCUCUCUCCCCCUCUUCCUCUCUAGCCGUGAUACACAGAUCAGAGGAAACGCAUAUCCGUCGAAUACAAGUAUAGAGUAGAUCUGAUCUGAUCUGGCAGCAUGUUUGAUCCUGCGAAUGAUCUGGCGCCUCCGCCUUCUUCGCCGACUGUUUCUUCCCUGUCCUCUUCUGAUCUUGAUACCGAGUCGACGGGGUCCUUCUUCCACGACAGGAGCACCACAUUAGGGACGCUGAUGGGCGUCACCCUCCAAGCAAUUACCUUCAGGGCUUCCUCCCAGCACCGCCACCAGCAGCAGCAGCAGCAGCAGGAGAACCUCAGCCACCCAUCGGCCUCUUCCCGGAGAAGCAAGAAUGGUAAUAACCCCAGGAAGACCCGAGCAGCGGCAGCGGCAGCGGCGGCGGCGCGGCAGAGGCGGAGAUGGUGGAGGCUAUGCAGGGACGACGCCGACGCCAGAAGGGCUUCUCUCGGAGAGUAUUUGGAGGUCGAGAGGAGAUUCGGGGGCGGCUCGGCCGUGGAACUCGAUCAGGAGCUGCUGGUUCAGGAGGCGCACACAAAUGGGCGUGCAUUGUUCGCUGACGGCAGGGUUCUACCCCCGGCGGACCACGAGGAAUCCUCUCCGGCGGUACUCUGCCGGUUCUCGGCGGUGGAGCGCUGUUGCAGUCUUGUGCUCUAGCACUAGUACAGAAACCAAACCAAACCAAACCAAACCAGACCAGACCAGACCAAGAUCAGUGGCCAAGCACCUUUAUUUUGUUUUGGGGGUCUUCAGCUUUUUUCUCCACGAGCUGCUGCUGCAGCUAUGCUCUUUUUGGACCUUUUGCUUUUGCCUUUACUAGUAGAGAAAUAAUUAAACAACCAACCUCUAUAUAAACCUCUUAAAGUACAUGGUGGUGGGCAGGCAGCUGGCUGUUCCAAACAGCGCUACUUCCCUCUCUGUUUCGUCCGU